AUGGAUGAAACAGCUGUGGGCAUCCCUGACAGCACUGUUGGCGUGGCAGCGACACUGGCUCAGCGUUACAUUCAGGACCAUGCUGUGCGUCGAUGCGAUGUUGGGAGGGCCUCUGGCAAAGGUCAACACAAGAAAUGGUUGCCUUCAGCUCUUCUUCGAGCAGCGUUUGGAUGGGCGUCCUCCAGCGCUUUGCAGAAGAGUGUCAGUCUUGCCACAAGAUCCAUAACUUCUAUGGCGCUGCGGACCGUGGCUUACUGGAUGGAAGGCAGUCAUGGCAUGGUUGGGAAGGCACAAAAUGCAAUUGCAGCCAUGUUCAUGCACUGCCAACGGCUUUAUUGCGACGCAGUGUUGCAAAGUGGUCGACACCCUGAUGGAGAGACCCUUCGCUUUGGGCGAUUGGUGGUUGAGUUUGACGAGACCAGCCAGUUACAAAGAUUGCGCUACGGAUCAGAGAAAAGAGUGGUGGAAGCCUCUUUCAGUGUAAUGGUGCAGCGUUCUACUUUGCUGGCGGUGGAAGGCUCUGGCUCAGCUAAGUAUUCAUCCUUGGUCAUUUGUCCAGCUGCUCUACGUCGAGCAACUGCAGCUGGAAUUUGGAAAGCAAUUUGCUGCAAGCAGCCUGUGCACCCACUGAGAUGGGCCUCCGCCUUUGAUCUCUAUGUCUUCACGCUAGUGUCAGAUUGCGCGCCGGCGAAUCUGAAGAUGAUCAAGUGGGUUCAAAGUCAGCUGCCUCCGAACACCUUGUUUAUCCAUCAUCCUUGCUUUAUGCACGAGGCGCAUCAUACUGUGGAAACGGUUUGGCGUGGUACAGGAUUGAACUCCAUGUUUUGUAUGGCAAAUGUUGUCUCCUAUGGGCAAACAUUCAUGGACUUGAUGCUUCAAGCGCUAGCUAUCAUUCGGUCAAGCUUGCAGGUCCGUCAUGACCCACCAAAUCCGACAUACAGGAAAUAUGCUAUGUCAAUGUUGGAGAUUACCUUCAAGCUAGCAGAUGAGAAGCUUGACAGCGCCCCAGCCAUGCUGUCACAGAGUCAGAGACUGCGUAUGGAGCUGUUUUGCGAUAUAUUCAAUGGUGACUGGAAGGAGGGGACGUUGUGGCACCACUGCAGUGUUUUUUGCAAAUGCGGCGGAAGCAAAACAAAGCUUAUUGAACUUGCAACGAGUUUGUUCAUGGAGAUGGUGAUGAGCUCACGGCCCAGAAUACCGGCGCUGAAUCGUUGGCUUAGAUGCGCUGAUACUGCACGUUGGUUUCUGCUCGGCAUAGCUUGCCACAAUCUGUUGGGGCAGGCAUUUGCGCAGCUCUUCAGCAAACCAGACAAGAAGGGUGCAGGCAAGUCUGCGGACGCAGGAUCUAUUUUGCAGCUGCUCUCCUCAAUCAUGUGCGACAUUGCAGGCUGUGAAACUGAUGGGAAUGGAGAAAUCAUAGCAAAGCCUGAAGAUGUAGCAUCUGCAUCUUUCACGGCAUCAGAUAUACCAGUAGCAAAAGUGCAGGGCGUACGAGCUGCAAAAGGAUUAGCCUGGUUACAGCGAAUUGAGACACCGUGUGAGAUUCUUGCUGCAGUUGUGUGCACGGAACAUGUUGGGCAUCUUUCAGCGUGGCUUCUAAAAGGGCAGUCACACCAAACCUGGCUGCACAGGGAUCCACAAGAAAGGCCGCUGGUGGCCUUGGCAACACUACGCUACAGUCCUGCGGCUAAGUGUGUGGAUGCACUGUUUCACCUCUUGCAUGACGGCAAAUCUGGCAGGCUUGCACUCUUUGAUGGCCUUCAAGGGAGUGGUGUGGACACAAGUGCUUGCAAUGAUGGCGAUGAACAACAUGAACAUGAACCUUUGUGUCUUGGCAUUGUCUUCUUCUGUACACUGCAUGUGGCAACCAAGCUGUGGAGAAGGCUAAUUGAGCCGCAUCAAGCGUUCCCUUGGAAACUGGCUGCUCUUGCUGACAACCGUCUUAGCCAAGAAGAACAUGAGUCUAUUCUUCUUGACUUUCGGCGUGCUAAAAGCUGUUGUCUAGAUGAGGGCUUUGGAGCACGGCUGCAGCAGCGGGCUAUAGACGACCCAACAGUUCUAUUGGAAGGCGGGAAGCUACACCCCAUAGUCACUUUGCUGACUCACCAAAAGAUUAUCAAUGCGGAGAUUGAAGACAAUUUUGCACGUGCCAACUCUGUAGCAAAGCUGGCAAGAGGAAAGCCUGUGAACCUCUCGACAAAUUGCUGCAAGCACGUGCUUGCUGAGCUCAAGCAGGAACAUGUUGCUCAAGUUGCUCAACUACCUUCAUGUCGUACCACAGCGGUGGACAAGCGCUUUCCUGAUUUGAAGUGCAUCGAUCGUAUCAAGCCCCCAGCCUGGAGUCCAGUCUUACUUACGGGUCUGUUGCCUCAGGGUUUGGAUCAGGCACCAUCAGGGAAUGAUGGAUCAAACGAUGACGAUGAUAAUGCUGAUCAUCGUGACAGUACAAUCAUGGGUGCUCUUCUAGGCAUAGAGCGUGACCUUUCUGCUUCUGAGCUGUGUCCAUGGCAACAGUGUCCACAGCAAGCGCAACGACGGGAUACAGACUACCAGGCUAUCACCAAGGGCAUUCAGGCGCUAGCAAGUGCAAAAUCACAUGGUCAGAAGCGAAAGCGUGCGCGAGGAAACUUUGGAUUCUUUCAGCACGUGGCCAACACAAGAGUGUUGCUGGCGAGAAACCCAGGGGAAGUCAAGGGAGAGUUUGAGAAGCGAGUGCGUGUUCAUGCAAAGGAGACUUGGAAGGAGGAGCAAGAGACACGGGAUGCUUGCAAAGAGCAAGCUGUCAAGAAGAGAAGGACAGGCAACAGUCAGCACAGGUGUGCCCCUAAUGUUGCUCCAGAAAGAGAUGCAGCUGCAAGCGGUUAUGGGCAUUGUGGACUUGGCGAUCAUCAAUACCCUAUUGAAGAAAAGCUUUUCACUGCCAUUGCUGACCAACCUGGGUUUAGUGACAGGCUGAACCAAAUGUGGGGUGACGCGCAUUCUGAUAUCACUGACUGUGGGGACACUGACUUGCCUCUCAAGAAGGGCAAACCCCUAUGCCUCAGCUUUUGCAGAGCAAGGUGUCUUUCAGGGCAAAGCGCCGACUCGCAGCUCGUGUUUUCAUCCACAAGGAACCUUAUGUUGAACAUUUGCAGAAGUUUGCAGCCACUAUACAAGAAGAUUACGAAGCAAAUCUCACCGUCCACUCGGCACCCUGUGCUCCUUGUCCAAUCUGUUUGCAAGGAGACAGGGGCAGUUCUUGCGUGCAAUGGAUGGGUGCUGUCUCUAGCCGGUUUUCGUCCUUUGCGUGUGGAUGGCAUUGAGCUAGAACUGCCGGACCUUGGUGCGCUGGUGCCUCCUUGCGAUGUGAGGUUGAAAUCGGCCAAUAUCUUCAAGUCGGUGCUUUCCACAUUCUGUUUUGCGAGUAUGGACAGAAUUGCAUUUGACAUCGCGCAAAGCCACACGGCAUAUGUGGGACCUUCUGGCACAGGCAGGCUGGAAUAUUGCUUUCAGCCCCAGUACACCCUUGCCUGGGGACAACUGACUUCUUUGCAUCUUGCCAAUCAGUUGACAUGGACUCCAGUUUGCCUCGUCGGCCACGACAAUGAUGGUGAUGGUGAUGACAACGAGGGUGAUCAGGAUGACGCUAAUGAAGAUUAG